AUGUUAGAUAACGGCCGGCCAAAAUCGAGACCGUGUAAGUGUCCGGACCGUGAUGGCUGUAUAAGAAACUGUAUGCCAUCGCCAUGGAUUCGGCCACCACAACCACCAUUGCAGGUACCACCUCCUAGACAGAACCAUGAUGAUCACAGCUUGUUGGUUACCGGCAUGACAAUGAUGGGAAGCAUGCUAUGUUCGGCUCUUAUUCUAUGGUACAUCAACACGGUCGGUCUGCAACAAUCGGUGAUCGAUUCGAUCAUGGUUUUCAAGUAUAAAAAAGAUGAACGAUUGAUUGAAGGAAGCGAAUGUUCCGUUUGCUUGAAUGAGUUCCAAGAAGAUGAAAGCCCAAGGCUUUUGCCAAAGUGUAGCCAUGGUUUUCACCUUGCUUAUAUUGAUACUUGGUUAAGGUCGCACCAAAACUGCCCAUUGUGUCGUGCUCCCGUUGUUUCCGAUACCAUGGUAGCUCAAACCAGUGCAUCGGAACCGAGUUUCAUCAGUUCAGGGUCAAGCAACAAAAUCAUGGUCGAAACUGAUGUCGGAGAAGGUCGAACCUGUGGGAUUGAAGAUGGAAACACCUCGGAAAAUUGUAGAAAAAAUCUGGGUCAUUCUGAUGGAAAUGUAUUGAGCGAUUUAGAUGGAAUUCAAGCAACGAGGAGGUCGGUUUCGUUUGAUUUAACAGCUGCUAAGCAUAAACAUGGUAGUAGUUUAGACACUGAAUUAGAGCAGUUAGAGUAUUCAAAGGGAAAGAUACAUUCAAGCAGAUGCAAAGUGAUGAGAAGUUGUCCGAGCGGGGGAUGUUUAUCCAAGGGGGCUGUUUCAAUGAAAAGAUUUUUCUCAUCUGGGGGAAUUUUCUUGUUAUCCAAACCAAAUAGAACCCAAGGCUCCAUCCUUCCCUUGUGACAUUACAGAUUUGUG